CAGGAGACAGAUACUGUAGCCCUGGGAGAAUGGCGAAAAGAGAUUUCACAGUUCACAGUGUCCUGGUGACUGGAUCCAGUUCGGGAAUUGGUCUAGGUCUGGUGAAGCAGUUUCUGAAGCUGCCGACUCCACCCCAGUGGAUCUUUGCUACAUUCUAUGAAAGGGAUGAAGAAAAGAACAGGGACAUAAAUAACUUGGUAUCCCAAUACUCAAAUCUGGUGUUGCUGUACUUAGAUGUCACUGAUCGCAAGAGCAUCGUGGCAGCUGCGGAGGAAGUGCAAAAGUAUGUUGGAGAAUGUGGGCUGACCCUCCUGAUGAACAAUGCUGGCAUUUUGAUUAACGCCACCCUGCAGGAAGAAACUGCAAAGAACAUGGCGGUUGAAUAUGCUGUCAAUACUAUGGGGCCGCUACAAGUGAGCCAGGUGUUUCUGCCCCUGCUGGAAAUGGCAGCGGAGAGAAGUCCCCAGGAGGGCCUGAGCUGCAGCAAGGCAGCCAUUAUCAAUACAUGCAGCAGUGGAGGUUCCCUCGAACUUAUGGCAUAUUUUGACUUACUUGAGAUUGUUGGCUACCGCUGCAGUAAGGCUGCUUUAAGCAUGCUGACCAGGUGUCAGUCACUGGAAUACCCAGACUACGGGAUUCUGUGUGCUUGCAUCCAUCCUGGCGCUGUGAAGACAAAUCUAACAGAGUGGCAGGGGGAGCAGAGUGUGGAACAAAGCACCCGAGGUAUCAUCAAGGUGCUCUCCACACUUUCUGAAGAAGAUAACGGUUCCUUUGUAGACUGGGAAGGACGCAGAGUUCCCUGGUGAAGAGUUUGCCUCCUGAUGCCACGGGGCUUCUUUACACUGCCUACAGAGUCUCCAAUAAACUAAUAAAGUACCCAAGUUACUAAAAAA